ACUCGCUGAGUCAACUCGAUCCGCUUCCGCUCUCCUUUCGCUUUCCUUCUUCCUUCUCUGUCUCUCCUCCGCCGCGCUCGGCUCCUCCUCCUCUUCCGUCCGGCCAGCCGCCAUGGAUCUCGACCUCUCCCCGAAGGUCGCGAAGAAGGUGUACGGCGGGGACGGCGGGUCGUACCUCGCGUGGUGCCCGUCCGAGCUCCCGAUGCUCCGCGAGGGCAACAUCGGCGCCGCCAAGCUCGCCCUCGAGAAGGACGGCCUCGCCCUCCCCCGCUACUCCGACUCCGCCAAGGUCGCUUACGUCCUCCAAGGUUCUGGAGUUGCUGGAAUCGUCCUCCCUGAAUCCGAGGAGAAGGUCAUAGCGAUCAAGAAGGGCGACGCCAUCGCCCUCCCUUUUGGCGUCGUCACCUGGUGGUACAACAAGGAGGACACGGGUUUAGUCGUCCUCUUCCUGGGCGACACGUCGAAGGCGCACAAGGCCGGGCAGUUCACCGAUUUCUUCCUGACCGGUUCCAACAGCAUCUUCACCGGCUUCACCACUGAGUUCGUCGGCCGAGCGUGGGACUUGGGCGAAGACGUCGUCGAGAAGCUCGUCGGUAGCCAACCGGGCAGCGGCAUUGUGAAGGUCGAUGCCGGCUUCAAGAUGCCAGAGCCGAAGAAGGGGCACCGGAAUGGCAUGGUCCUGAACUGCGAGGAGGCUCCGUUGGAUGUCGACAUUAAGAAUGGCGGCCGAGUCGUCGUUUUGAACACCAACAACCUCCCUCUGGUCAGUCAGGUUGGUCUCGGGGCCGAUCUCGUGAGGCUGGAUGGAAGCGCUAUGUGCUCGCCGGGCUUUUCUUGCGAUUCCGCGCUGCAGGUGACCUACAUCGUCAGCGGCAGUGGCCGCGCCCAGGUUGUUGGCGUCGACGGCAAAAGGGUCCUGGAGAUAACCGUGAAGGCCGGGAACCUGUUCAUCGUGCCGAGGUUCUUUGUCGUCUCGAAGAUUGCCGAUCCGGACGGGAUGUCCUGGUUCUCUAUCAUUACAACUCCCAAUCCUAUAUUCACUCAUCUUGCCGGGAGAACCUCGGUUUGGAAGGCCUUAUCGCCUGAAGUACUCCAAGCAUCUUUCAACGUUCCCCCGGACGUGGAGAAGGCCUUCAGCUCCAAAAGGAUGGAUUCGGAGAUCUUCUUCCCUCCCAACUGAGUUAGGCGAAGAACAAAUAAACGUUUGUUCUGGUUUUUAAAGGUCUAAUAAUACAAACCCACAGCCCCGCCCCGGUUCGAGAAUGUUUCUUUUCGUUAAGGUCUUCAUGCGGUAACUACUGGUGUAUUUCUAAUUUGCCAAUCGCCUCUCUGUUUUUAAUAUAUCACCAUGGUUUGAAUAUUUC